GCUCCACCCCACGUUCACCUUCCUUGACUGGCUGGGCUUGUUAGUGCUCACGCCCGUACCUGUUUGCUAGUUUACUGAGACACCUGUCAGAGACAAAAGACUCUUCCUCUGCUCACUCCGGCCACAGUCAGCAGUGUGGACAUUACCCUGUUGGACAUCAGGUUAAGAAAAAGGCUGCCUGUAGGGUAAAGCGCAGAGAUCCCACCCGAAGAAACAUGUCAAACGAGGGAGACCGAGCAUCUGUGUUUCGCACCACCAAAGUACGAACAAAGCUGAGGGGAGACGGCAGCUGGCUGCAGCACCGAGACGAACCUGAGCCUGAACCUCAGGAGGAGGAGAAGCCAUGGUUGGAAGAAGUUAGAGCCAGGCGUUUGAACGGAGCUCCUAUUGAAACGAGUCCAGUUUCCUCGCCAGUUAAAUCCACCCCGCCACCGGUAACGUCUGACACUGAGAGCAAACCAGCAACUCCAGGGUACCUGAUCAGGGGUGUUUUUACCAAACUAGAAGCGCGUCCGUCGUCUCCCUCGUCACCGUAUAACGGCUCCAGCAAACCAACGGUGUUCACUAAAAAACCUUCAGAGGCCUACAAGAAAAUCGCUCCUCACAUUGUGAGGAACACUUCGGAGAGCCCAGAGGGCCAGCUCAGCCCUGAGGAACAGGAGAAACGGACGAUGGUCGCCACCAGUGUUCUGAAGACAAAAUCAGCCAGACGGUCCUACGUUCUGUCUGCUGCUAAGAUCUACGACUCUAAAGAGACACCGUCUGACACUCCUUUGGUCAGCAGCAAUCCUUCAUUUGUGGCUAAACGGGUGGAGAUAGCUGACGACGGCGAGAUCGCUGUGACUCCAACGCCCGCCAGCACCGUGGCACCGUCCCCCGCUGUCCCCCCCACAUCGGCCGCCCCUGCUCCUGCCGCCGAGCCGCGGACAGAGGUCAACACCACUGUGGAGCUGUCUGACGAGGCGGCUGCUAGUCCGCCUGUAAAUCCAAGUUCAGCCGGCGCCGCUGCUGAGCCUGUGAAGGAAGAACCCCUUCCCCAGUCUGUCGCUGCAAAAGAGCAGCUUCAGGAUGAGAAAACAAAGUCCAACGACCCGACCGUCGCUGGGUCUGUUAAGGUAGCCCCCACAGAACCACAGCUGCAGGCUGAAACUCCAAUGGUCAAAGUUUUGCCUCCAUUAAAAACCUCCCCUGCCCAGAAGUCAGCUGGAUCGGAGUCUCCUGCUCCAGCUUACACUGUCCCAAGACCGGUUCCGGCACCACGUUUAGCUCCCUUCACAGCAACCCCUUACAGCAGGACGCCUGUCCCAACAAAGACUUUGAGAGAAAUAACGGUGAAGACAGAACCCGAACCAGAACCUCAACACGAAGCUGAAGCAGCACCUGAAGAAGAAGCUGAAUCUGGACCACAACCCACGGAAGAACAAGAACCAGUACUUCAAGAUGAAGCUGAAUCAGAACCAGAACCAGAACCCACAGAAGAACAAGAACCAGAACUUGAAGAUGAGGCUGAAUCAGAGCCAGAACCCACGGAAGAACAAGAACCAGAACUUGAAGAUGAAGCUGAAUCAGAAACAGAACCCACAGAAGAACAAGAACCAGAACUUGAAGAUGAAGCUGAAUCAGAAUCUACAAAAGAACAAGAACCAGAACUUGAAGAUGAAGCUGAAUCAGAAACAGAACCCACAGAAGAACAAGAACCAGAACUUGAAGAUGAAGCUGAAUCAGAAUCUACAAAAGAACAAGAACCAGAACUUGAAGAUGAUUCAGAUUCAGAUUCAGAAAUCAAAGCAGAAAGUCUUUUACCACUGGGAUGUCCAGUAAUAGAUCCACCACAAAGAGUUAUCAAAGUCGUACCCCACCCUGUUGCAGACGUUAUACCAUACACUGACAGCUAUAGGAGUGAAGAGUCAGAGCUGGCAGAGGAAGAAGGGGGCUCAGCGGAGAGUCCCACCCCAGAGGACAGCGUUGAAGAGGAGCCAGCUCCAGCGCUGGAAGAUGGCGAACCAACAACAGGAGAUCUCCUGGGCUUCAGUGAUGGCCCAGAAGAAGAACCAGCAGAGCCUGUUCCACCCAGCCCAGGACGCUGGAGCCAGGAUCUGCUCAGCGGACUUGGCAGUGAGUCCAGUCCUGCAAAGACAUCUGGCACCCUGGAUCUCCUGGCCCAUGACGUCGUGGUGGCGAACACAGAGGCACGCAGCCUCAGCAUGCAGCAGCAGGAGGAGGAGAAGCAGACGGAUGAGACAGCCGUGGAAACACAAAGCUCGGCUGAUCCGUUUGAUCCAUAUCCGAUAGGGAGCGCAUCCCAUAACAGCCCCUCUGACCUGCUUGAGCCCGUGGCUGAUGUUUCCAUCAACAGUUUAACAACACCGGAAGAAGAGGAGGAGGAGAAAAGUUUAGAUUCAGAAGUGAAUUCACCUUCAUCCGACCUGUCUUCGCGGCCCUGGACGGUCACGUGGGAAGUCCCUCAGCUGACAAACACGGAGGAGAGCCAAGAAGCCGAGACAGAGGACCAGGCCGCGGAUCAAAGGACGGUGAUCAUGUUUGAGAAAAAGUCCACUGAGAGCAGCUCCCCCUGGGAUAGAUGGACAUCCCCCACUGUUUACACCGUCUCCACUACAACAAAAGAGGGGGAUGAGGAGGAAGAAGAGGAGAAAGUAGAGGAGGAAGAAAGCCCCGAGGACACUGAGAAAGUCACCGUCAUUACCACCGUCAGGGAGGUCCUAAACGAGCCGGAGCCCGCUGUGGAUCGGUUAGCGAGCUACUCCUCGGCCGUGGUAGAGGAAGAGCGACGGGUCCCGACGCCGGAACCGGAAACCAAAAAGCCUUUUGUGUACGUGAAGGAGUACGUCAACGCAGCGGAGAUGUCCUCGCUUAAUCCCAGGGACACAUUCCACAGGUCAGAUGAUUUUGCAUCAAGCUACAGCUACUCGUACAACAGCCCCUCCAGCUACAUCAGGGUCACCGAGUCGUCCUCCUGCACGUACUGCGGCAAGCAGGUGGGCAACAACGCCAAGAUCACCAUCGAGCACCUCAAUAUCGACUGCCACCCCGAGUGCUUCAAGUGUGAUAUGUGUAGCAGGCCUAUGGGAGACCUUCUCCACAAUAUGUUCCUGCACAACAAAAAGGUCCACUGCGAGAGCUGCUACGCCGCCGUCAUUUAAUCCUGGGAGCUUUUCAUCGCCUCCUUAUCCUCGUCUCCCCUCCUUUUCGAGUUCAUUUGCAUAAUAAGUGAGAACUGGUCUCAAGUUUGCACUGAUUUUUUUUGUUACUUUGCAAUAAAACGUUUUAAAGUGAUCAAACAAAAUGGAAAAUGCCGGCAUGAUAGCUUCAUGUGAACGGUCCAUAUUUGUGGGGGUGAUAUGUAUUUUUGUGUCAGUUUAUGAUGAAGGAUGUGUUUUAUAUAUAUAUAUAUUUUUUUUUGUUUUUUUUUUGUUUUAUGUUUUUAAUGUACCGACUCACAAUGUCUGGUGGGCUGGAACACAAACUCAACAACCGGAGAUUCAGUUUGUUAAAAAAAACAUUUAUUUUACUCUUCUUUAUAGAAAAUAGUGUGUUGAAAUGUACAAUGCAUUGCUAGCAAAAUAAAAUGAUUUAUAAAAA